UCUCCACUUCAAUUCGAUUCUUUUGUCGCUCGUCUCUCGUCUUUCAUACUUCAAUCCAUCUUCCAGACUCCCAUUGGCCGGAUCGCUAUCUUUUCCACACGGAGUACUAUCAUCCACCCUUCGCCCAUUCCCUCCAUACGCAGCAUGCCAUGCGUCGUGUGGUCGUGACAGGUCUCGGCGCAGUCUCGCCCCUCGGAGUAGGAAUCCGUCGGACCUGGAAACGCCUGUUGGAUGGUCACUGCGGCAUUGUCAAUGUCCGCAAUCGUGAUUCCAGGUUUGCCGACUUGCCCUGCCAGAUUGCGGCAGUCGUGCCUUCGGGGAAGAAGCAGGAUGGAGGCUGGACGGCCUCGGAGUGGUUAAAGAAAGAUGAGGAGCGCAAGAUGGCUCGUUUCGCUCAGUAUGCCUUAGUCGCCUCGCAAGAAGCCUUGGAGGAUGCAGGCUGGAUGCCUGCGACAUUUGAACAAAAAGAGACGACGGGGAUUUGCCUCGGGUCAGGGAUUGGAAACUUUGACGAGAUCUAUGACACCGUCACGGCGUAUGAGAAAGGGGGCUACAAAAAAGUGUCGCCUUUAUUCGUACCAAAGCUCCUGAUCAAUCUUGGUGCUGGCCACAUCUCUAUGAGAUAUGGAUUCAUGGGACCGAACCAUGCGGCAACGACGGCCUGUACCACCGGAGCACAUUCUAUCGGUGAUGCAGCUCGCUUUAUCGCAUGCGGUGAUGCGGACGUGAUGGUUGCCGGCGGCGCCGAGUCGUGUAUUCACCCUUUGGCCAUCGGGGGCUUUGCGCGGGCGCGAAGUCUUGCCACGAGCUACAAUGACGUCCCUGAAAAGGCGUCAAGACCGUUCGAUGCCGAUCGCGAAGGGUUUGUGGUCGGAGAAGGUGCAGCCAUGGUCAUCUUAGAGGAGUUGGAGCACGCCAAAGCGCGCGGUGCUCGGAUCUAUGCGGAAUUGAAAGGAUACGGCUGCUCCGGAGAUGCCCACCACAUGACGGCGCCGAAGGAGAACGGCGAGGGCGCUUUCAUGGCCAUGAGAAAGGCCUUGAGGAACGCGAAGAUCCAACCGUCCAUGGUUGACUACGUCAAUGCCCAUGCCACGUCGACCGUGGUCGGUGACGCGGCAGAAAACGCUGCGAUCAAGACUCUCCUUCUGGGGCCUGAAGGAAAGAAACACGCGGCAGACGUUAAUAUUAGCAGCACCAAGGGGGCCGUGGGCCAUUUGCUGGGUGGUGCCGGGGCUAUAGAGGCCGUGUUUUCCAUUCUGGCCAUUCACGAGAAUGCGAUGCCUCCAACAAUCAACCUGGAGCGAGCCGACAAUGGAUUCGACUGCAACUAUGCGCCAAACAAGGCGCAAGAACGCCGGAUUGACGUGGCUUUGACCAACAGCUUUGGCUUUGGAGGGACGAACAGCAGCCUGUGUUUCUCUCGUGUGGCAUGAAUAGAUUGGGAAUGGGUAUUGCUCGGUCUUUCAUACCGCGUGCAUUGCAUAUCUCAUUCCCUCAACUGUACUGUACAAUAAAUAUAUAUUAAUGGACCUGCAUUGGAUAUAAUAGCGGUGUCCUCGAUCGGGGCACUGUAACACAAC